CCCGAAGAAGCGGAGGCGGCUGUCAUGGCGGAGCUGGUUGACGGCGGUUCUCUGGAGGUGCUUUAUAAAGCUGACUUCAUGCAGCGGACGGCAGGUGUGCAGCAGAAAGACAUUCCCCCCAAGCAAGGGGGGUGUAGCUCCGGUCUGAAGCAGGAGGAGGACCCAGAGACCCCAAACAUCAAGGAGGAGCACGAGGAACUGGGCAUCAGUCAGAGUGGACAGCUGCUUCCAUGUGUGGAGGAGACUGAUAUCUGCACCUUCACACUGAAGAGUGAAGAUGGUGAAGAGAAACCGUUUCAUCACACCCAAACUGAGGAGAACAAGGAGGUGGAGCUUCAAGCUAGCAGCUUGGCAGAACACAUGAUUACAGAAAUGGGUGGCGUGAACUGCGGAGGAACAGAUCCAGUCAGACCAAUGGACACAGACAGUCCUUUCCACGUAGAAACCAGUGAGAAGGAUUCAGUGUCCUCUGAGGCCGAAACUGAUGAUAGUGAUCAGUGGAAGGACGUGAACUCUGAGAUUGCUCUCAGUGACGUCACACAGCAUUCUGCAGAGAAACCAGGUGGCUGCUCUAAGUGUGGCCAAACAUUUGGCUCUAAGCAAAAACUAAAGAGACACAUGCUAUCGCACACAGGAGAGAAACAGUUCAGCUGUUCCUUUUGUGGUAACAGAUUCACUAACAGGUUAAAUGCAGCUGAACACAUCAAGGGUCACACAGGAGAAAAAGCUUUCAGGUGUUCACUUUGUAAGAAAGGAUUUUCAAGUACUCAGAGUUUGUGCAGACAUACAAGAAUCCACACAGGAGAAAAACCCUUCAGCUGUUUGGCAUGCGGAAAAGGUUUUACUCAAAGUGGUGAUCUGAAAGUACACAUGAGGGUUCACACCGGCGAGAAACCGUUCAGCUGUGCAGUCUGUAAAAAAGGUUUUUCUCGUUCCCACAGUGUGUGCAGACACAUGAGAAUCCACACAGGAGAAAAACCUUUCAGCUGUUUGGUGUGUGGAAAAGGUUUCACUCAAAGUGGCCUUCUCAAAGUACAUGCAAGAAUUCAUAAAGGAGAGAAACCCUUUCAUUGCUCUGAAUGUGGUAAAAGAUUUUGCCAAAACAGCAACCUGAAGAGACACAUGGCAAUUCAUGUAGAUGACAAAAUAUUUAAGUGCACAGCUUGUGAUGAAAUCUUCCCUCAUAGACAGUCUUUAAGGCAUCAUGCUGAGAGACAUCAGAUGGCAGAAAAACCGCUCAGCUGCUCCGUUUGUCACAAAAGAUUCAGCCAGACAGCAAAUUUAGCUCGCCAUCUGAUGCAGCACUCUGAGAAGAAGCCUGUCAGCUGUUCUGUUUGUGAGAAAGAGUUCAGAUUUAAUAGUGAUGUAGUGAGACACAUGAGAAGCCACACAGGAGAGAAACCAUACGUUUGUCCAGUUUGUCAGAAAAGAUUCACACAGAAAUCACAUCUAACAAAACAUAUGAAGUUCCAUCCAGCUGAAACAAACAUUCAGCAGGAUGACGUGUUUCAGAACAGUCUAAAGGGCCUAUCCUGACCUACUAAGGCACAUUAGCACAAUCUGAGUACACAGUGAGGUCCAGGCAGCAACGUAUUUAUGUAUUUAAUCUCUUCACUAAUUAUGGCUGUUUGGAGUUCAACAUGAAACUAACAAGUGUCACCUGUCAUUACCUUUAAGAGCAGUCUGUGUGUGGGACCAAACAUGAAUUAAGGCUAAUUAAAUGGAGACAUGUAUAGAUGAAUAAAUCCAUGAAUCAAUUUAGUUAUAGUUUAAUACAUGUAUUUUAUACAUUUAUCUUUUUUAUCUCCUUGGUAUGAGAUACACAUUUUUUUGCAUAAUCUCUCAAGAACCAGUUGACCAGUUUCAUUCAUAUUUAGCAUAAAGAUGUACCUGGGUAAUCCCCCGACAACAGUCAGUUACAGUGACCUUGUGUCAAUUUCAAGGUCACCAAGAUGUUGUCAUUGCCACCCUUGUUAGCGAGAUAUCUCACACAUUUCAAUUUCAAUCUAUUUUCAUUUAUAUAGCGCCAAAUCACAACAGAGUUGCCUCAAAG